AUGAUAAAUUUUAAGAUCAUAUCUAUAAUCUUAGUAACGCUGUUGUUAGACUUUGCGCUUUCUGAAUUAAUAGAAACACCUCCGAAUGUGGGGGAAUUACAAGAAAUUUUAAAUCCUACCUUUUAUAUUACUUUGCUUCAAAAUAAAUCAUAUCCGGGAACUGAGAAUCGUGAAUAUCCAUGCCACUAUAUAUCUACUCCGCGCCCCGAAGACAACAUUACGAUCGCCGGUGAAUUAAUUACUUGGGAUUGUCCAGCCGGGACCUGGCAACCCGAUACCCUGUACCGCUGGCUUUCUUUGCCCGCCGAACACGGAAAAGCUCAACCUGUGUAUUGUUGUCCCGGUUAUUAUUGUAAUGAAAAUGGCAGCGAAUUAUCCCUUUGUCCGGAAGGUCAUUUUUGCGAACUUGGUAGCGUUGUACCAACAUCUUGUCAUGGAUUAGCAAGUUGUCCACCAGGAUCGAUGACUGCGACUCGUUAUCGUGUAGCUUUUUUAUUAAUGAUAAUGGUCGGGUUUUUUUUAAUAUUAUUCAAAGUAAAAAAGAAAGUUUAUGCAAUAAAAAUUGCAAAAUAUAAAAAUUUAUUAAAUGAACAAAAAUUGCAAUCGGGUAUGAAACUUGAACCUGUGUCAAGGACCUUUGAUAUUGAAUUUAAAAAUCUUGGAUUGAUAUUACCGAAUGUUUCCGGAAAAUUGAGUAAACGCAAGACUUGCGCGAUCAUGGGUCCUUCAGGCGCUGGUAAAACAACUUUUGUUUCUUUGUUAACUGGAAAGGUUAAGAAAACUAGUGGUACAAUUAAAGUUAAUGGAGUGGAAGAACCAUUGGAAAAAUACCGCAAAUUAAUAGGCUAUGUCCCUCAAGAAGAUAUUAUGCUUCGUGAAUUAAGCGUGCGCGAAAUAUUGGUGCAUUCUGCCAUGAUGCGUUUGCCAAAUGAUAUGAACCGCGCUGCCAAAAAACAAAAAGUUAUUGAAACGAUAUCAUUUUUGGAAUUAGGUCACAUAAUGGAUUCACCUAUCGGGAAUGAAGAGAAAAGAGGUAUCUCGGGUGGUCAACGUAAGCGUGUAAAUAUCGGGAUGGAACUUGUCGCAGAGCCAUCAAUUCUUUUCUUGGAUGAACCAACUUCGGGUCUAGAUUCUGCGACUUCACUUGAAAUGUGCAAGCUCUUAAAGAAUAUCGCUCAUCAACAAGGCCUUACCGUUGCGGCCAUUAUUCAUAGUCCUUCAGAUCAAGCCUUUCGCCAGUUCGAUGAUUUUAUGUUACUCGGAAAAGGAGGAAUGGUCAUUUAUUUUGGAGAAAGAGACAUUGCAUUAAAUUAUUUUGAAAAUUUAGGUUUUGUUUGUCCUCCGGAUGAAAGUCCUUCCGAUUUUAUGAUGGAGAUUGCUUCUGGAAAAGUUCAACCCGUUAAUCGUAAAUUUUCAAUUGCUGACCUAUCAGAUAUUUGGGAUAAUUAUAUUUCAGGAAGAAAAAAUCCUACAUUAAAUUUAGCCUCAUCUCAUAUUGCAAUAGAAGUUAAUUGUGGAAAGUCUUCAGUAAAAAUUAUACAAAAGUUUAAAACCAUCCUUUCAAGUUUUCUUAUGAUAAUUUUACAAAAAUUUAGAGACGUAGUAGAUUAUUUUAAAGACAUAAUGACAGAAUUUUCAUCAUUUUUGAGAACAACAUUUUAUUUUUGGGAACGAGAUCCUAUUCGCGAAACACCAAAUGUAUUUACAGCAUUUGCACUUUUAUUUAAACGAGCAUGUUUACAAUUUUAUCGAAAUAGAUCGCAAUUUUUGUUUGACACAUCAUUACAUCUUGCAUGCGGAGCUUUCGUUUCGUUGUCUAACAAUAAUCUUACUUAUGUUGGGAGACCACCAAGAGAACUUUGCAUUGUAACACCAUUUGCCGUAAUUCCUUUCUGUUUAAUUGCAACGGAUUAUUUACAGACCGGAGCCGUCUUUUUCGCGCUUGGAUCAACCUUUUCGGGCAUUAGUGGCAAUUCAACAUUUGGAUACGAAAAGGUUGUAUAUUGGCGUGAUACAUCAUCUGGCAUGAGAUCUUUACCGUAUUUUCUCGCAAAGGUUACUGCGGAUAUUCCUCGUGUACUUAAUGCGGCUAUAAUGUUUUCAACGUCUUAUCUCCUUUUUUAUUCAUAUCAAGCAUUAUAUUCCGAGAUCUAUAUAAUAACUUUACUAAGUUACUGUUGUUCAUGGACGAUGGGUUACUUCUUGUCAAUUAUAGUUAAUAAAGAACAAAUGGCAUUAAUCGGUACUGGAUUUUCGCUAGCAUGGUCAUUGGUAUUUAGUGGCAAAAAUCCCGAAUUAACGGUUGUUUCCACUUCGGAUACAUACAAAUACGUAAGAUGGCUUUGGAAAAUUUCUCCUCCAAGAUGGGUAGUUGAGGCUCUAUAUUUAAAAGAAAUUUCUCCAAGAAAGUGGUAUGAAAUACAUAAUGAGCCGUUGAGAUUUACAUAUUCUUUUGAAGAUUAUGAAGAUUGUUUAAUAAACCUUGGAUUUAUAGCAUAUAGUUGGGCCGCCUUAGCAUUUUGUGCGAUGAAGUUGGUUAAUCGUAAAAAACAAAAAUAA